CUUCCCUGCCCUGGCCCAUCUCCCUGCCGAGCGCCCCGACGGCCCAACCAGGUAGCUCCUUGUCUUCCUCCUCGUGCGAGCGCCGCCACCGCUGCCGAGCGCCCCAGCCCCCUAGCUCCGUGGCUCGUCUUCCUCCUCGUGCGAGCGCCUCCACAGCAGAUAUCUAUCUCCCCUGCUCUCGUUCCCGAACGUUUCUCCUCCCAUCACCCUACGAACAGAUCCCGCCCUUUAGCUUCCCGUUGCAUCUCCUUAAUCUUCCCCAAUUCGUAACUGAGGCAAAAAUCAAGGUAGGGCGGCCGCCCUACCUUGCCCUACCGGGUCCUCCGCCCUUGGCUACAGUUGCUUUCUCUGGCAGAAGACCGUGAAGAUUUGUCCUGGGAAUGGGAGGGGGGAGCUGCGAUGUGUGCAAGGAGGCGCCGUCCAAGUACAAGUGCCCCACUUGCCGCACGCCCUAUUGGACCUAAUGUACUGUCUCAUCGUCCCUUGCAGUUGCUCUGUAACAUGCUUUAAAAAGCACAAAGGUGAGUUUUGCCAAAAGAUAAUUCCUCAGGAAGAAAAAAUUAGCAAGUCACCGCUGGAGGAGGAAGUUGCAAGGAGCUCUGUGUUACUGGAAGAUGGAAUAAGUUCUGGAGACAAGGAUCAGCUUCCCUCGUUACCACCGGACACAACCUGCUCCACACUAUCUCCAAACACAGUGUCAGUGUGCUCUACAAAAUCUCUUGAAGUUGAGGAUCCAAGCUGGCUUGUUGACAGGAAUAGAUUGAGGUCUUUAGCGGAAUCAAAUGAAAUACAAGAUGCUCUCAAGGACCCUGAACUGCACAAAUUGGUACUUCAAAUUGAUGGCUCUUCAGAACCAGAAAAGGAAUUGGAGAAAUUGUUGGAAGAACCAGCUUUUCAACAGUUCACCAAUAAGAUCCUUGACAUUGUUAGUCCACAAAAGUGAGCAAGUCCAGGCAAAACGAUAGGGAGCACUCAGAGCAAUUUCAUCUCAGCGUUUUCUCUCUGAAGAUGAGACCAGUAGUAUGAAACCAUCACCAGUGAAGGGAAAUAGCUAAUUCUAAAAAAAGUUGAAUCAUCCAAGAUAUUUCUGCUGUGGUAGUAACAUGAUCAUGCUACAUCUCACUUUACCAUGACAGUUAUGUCAAUCAAGGAAAAGCAAGAGUACUAUUGUCGACAUGAUGUCUCCUUUGUGCUGUAUCAUUUGAUUUACGUAUGUUACUGUGGCGUUAUGUGAAACGAAAAGGGUGCUGAAAAAAGAGGUGAAAGCCAGAUGGAUGAUAUAAACUUUAAAGGGAAGAAAAGAAAAGUGCUUUGUGUUGAAA